AUGAUCUUCUUCUUCCCAAUUUUUUUCUUCAUUGAAACAGUGAGAUUUUCCCAAAAAAGUUCAAAAACGGCCCCAAAAUCCAGAAAAUUUCCAGAUCUCUUGCUAUCAGAUCAUUCUAAUCUAUGGAACUCUGAAUGUCUCCGAUGUUUUGAGCACAGCAAAUUUGGAUUCAUAUGAAUCAUGUUCGAAUUUAUGUUUAUCAAAUCUGAAUUGUGUUUCACUAUUCUAUAUUCCAUCUUCUGAAUCUUGUUCGAUUUAUUCGAUUUAUCAAAUCAAUUCCUAUCAGAAAAAUGAUAGUUUGGAAAGUAUUGUUGGAAUUAAGGUGAGUUAUGACGUGAUUUCUAGCGAUUUUCAGUGUUUCCAUGAGUUUCAGCGCAAAAUUUCAGCCUAGAAAACUCUUCAAAGAAAAAAAUUCGAUCAAAAUCUAGAAAUGUUGAUUUACUGGAAGUUGAACUAACUUUUGAAUCUAUGAAGUUUCAAAACUAGACUCUAGUUAUUCUACAAACUAGAGAAUAGUUUAUUUGUCAUGUUCUACAACAUUAGAUACUGAGCUAAGCUUGAAAUUGGCUGCGUACCUUGAUUAGAUACUCAGGCAACCCAAAAUAUGCCUUGUUUAGUAUCAAAAUAUCGCAUUUUUCAUGUUUUUCAACUUAGAUAGCUCAAAUUGGCUGCGUACUUUCAUUAGAUACUCAGGCAACCAAAAUAUGACUGUUUAGUAUCAAAAUAUCGCAUUUUUCAUGUUUUUCGACUUAUAUAGCUCAAAUUGGCUGCGUACCUUGAUUAGAUACUCAGGCAACCCGAAAUAUGCCUUGUUUAGUAUCAAAAUAUCGCAUUUUUCAUGUUUUUCAACUUAGAUAGCUCAAAUUGGCUGCGUACUUUCAUUAGAUACUCAGGCAACCAAAAUAUGACUGUUUAGUAUCAAAAUAUCGCAUUUUUCAUGUUUUUCGACUUAUAUAGCUCAAAUUGGCUGCGUACCUUGAUUAGAUACUCAGGCAACCCGAAAUAUGCCUUGUUUAGUAUCAAAAUAUCGCAUUUUUCAUGUUUUUCAACAUAGAUAGCUCAAAUUGGCUGCGUACCUUCAUUAGAUACUCAGUCAACCAAAAAUAUGCCUUGUUUAGUAUCAAAAUAUCGCAUUUUUCAUGUUUUUCAACUUAGAUAGCUCAAAUUGGCUGCGUACCUUGAUUAGAUACUCAGGCAACCCAAAAUAAGCCAUGUUUAGUAUCAAAAUAUCGCAUUUUUCCAGACAAACACCUCAAGUUCAACAUGUUCCUCUUCAUUUUCUGAUAUUACCUUAUCCGGUGAUGUAAAUGGAAUCGCAUAUCAAUUUUCUUCAACUUCAGGCACUUUCAGUCAUGAAACUUGUCCCAAUGGAUUUAAGCAAUUUACCCGAACUCGAGGAUUUUGGUGCAUGAAAUUAUACAUUUUGGACCCCUCUCCAAUCUCCUUCGAUUCCUCAUUUUGCUCUCAAAAUUCAGCAUUUCCAACAGGUUUCGAAAAUUCCGAAGAACUUGAUUAUAUAACAUCGGAAGUUGUGAUAAAUGAUCUAUUCAAAAGAAAUAUUGCGAUUGAUGGACAUCGAAAAUCCACGUGUUAUAAUUCUACAGUAACCUGGUGUGAUGAUUUUGAAUCGGGCAAUAAUUUCACCAAUUCUCCACCUUUGAUUCAUUGGGGAGCUAAUAAUCCGUCUAGAAGAGAUGGUUCGGAAAUGCAGAAUAACUUGGCACUUUGGGUCCCUGAUGCGAAUUCUCUUGUCACGGUUUUUGCGGAUUGUGUUACUGAUCGACCGGUUUUUGGAUAUGUUUGUGGAGUUCCGUUGGGAAAUUGGAAUUUUUCCUGA